CAUCAACAUGGCGCCCUCCAUGAAGUCUCUUAAGAAGCUACUCAGCCUACUGCAAAGAGUUUCAAUUUAGAAUUAUUCUUUGAAAUUAGAACAGCAAGACAUGGCAUCAGAGAUUAAAGUAACACCCUUAGGGGCAGGACAGGAUGUUGGGAGAAGUUGUAUUUUACUUACAAUUGGAGGAAAAAACAUCAUGUUAGAUUGUGGAAUGCACAUGGGCUACAAUGAUGAACGAAGAUUUCCAGAUUUUACUUACAUCACUGAUGAGGAAGGAGAUAGAUUGACAGAUCAUUUGGACUGUGUUAUCAUCAGUCAUUUUCAUCUUGAUCACUGUGGAGCACUGCCAUACAUGUCGGAAAUGGUGGGUUAUGAUGGUCCCAUCUACAUGACUCACCCAACUAAAGCCAUCUGUCCCAUAUUGCUGGAAGACUACAGGAAAAUAACAGUGGAGCGGAAAGGAGAAGAGAAUUUCUUCACAUCUGAAAUGAUAAAAAACUGCAUGAAAAAAGUGGUGGUGGUCAAUCUGCAUGAAACUAAACAGGUUGAUGAAGAGCUGGAGAUAAAAGCUUACUAUGCAGGUCAUGUUUUAGGGGCAGCCAUGUUUCACAUCAAAGUAGGCCAGCAAUCAGUGGUGUAUACGGGGGAUUAUAACAUGACUCCAGACAGACAUUUAGGUGCGGCUUGGAUUGAUAAAUGUUGGCCUGACCUGCUUAUCACAGAAUCUACCUAUGCCACGACGAUACGCGACUCCAAGCGAUGCAGAGAGAGAGAUUUCCUGAAAAAAGUUCAUGACUGUGUGGAGAAAGGUGGAAAGGUCCUGAUUCCAGUGUUUGCUCUGGGCCGAGCACAAGAACUCUGUAUUCUGCUGGAGAGUUACUGGGACCGCAUGAACAUCAAAGUCCCCAUCUACUUCUCUCUGGGUCUCACUGAAAAGGCCAACCACUACUACAAGUUAUUUAUUACAUGGACAAGUCAGAAGAUUAAGAAAACCUUUGUACAGAGAAAUAUGUUUGAAUUCAAGCAUAUCAAGCCAUUUGACAGAGCUUUUAUAGACAAUCCAGGACCAAUGGUGGUCUUUGCUACCCCUGGAAUGUUGCAUGCUGGUCUGUCUCUACAAAUCUUCAAGAAAUGGGCCCCUAAUGAACUCAACAUGGUCAUAAUGCCUGGAUACUGUGUAGCAGGAACUGUGGGACAUAAAAUUCUGAAUGGAGCUCGGAAAUUAGAAUUAGAAAACAAACAAAUCCUGGAUGUGAAGCUCUCUGUGCAGUACAUGUCCUUCAGUGCCCAUGCUGACGCUAAAGGAAUCAUGCAGCUGAUCUCUCAGUGUGAGCCCAGGAACGUGAUGCUGGUCCACGGAGAGGCGGCUAAGAUGGACUUCCUAAAAAACAAAAUCCAGCAGGAGUUUGGCAUUGAUUGUUACAAACCAGCCAAUGGAGAAUCUGUUACAAUAGAAACAACGCACAAUAUCCAUGUUGAUAUUCCACUUUCUUUGUUAAAGAGGGAAGCAUCUAAAACAGGAUUACUUCCCCCUGAUGCCAAAAGACCAAGAGUUUUACAUGGAGCUUUGGUAAUGAGAGGAAAUCGUCUCCAGAUCAUUGACCCGAGCCAGGCCCUGAAGGAGAUGGGGGUCGAGGAGCACCACCUCAGGUUCACCUCCACCAUUAGCAUAGAGGAGGAGGGGCCCGCCAACAAAGUGGCUGAGAAAAUCUACCAACUGGUCAAAAGGAAGUUAAAGGACUUUUCUAUCCACUACUCUUCUGAUGGUUCCAUAUCCAUCUCCGAUUCUCUCCUGAUCCAGGUGUCUGGAGAUGAAGAUGAGACUAAAUCAGUCCUUGUGUCAUGGUCACACCAGGAUGAAGACAUCGGGAGUUUCCUUCUUCAGUUGUUGAGAGAGGACCCCUCACUUGUCCAGGCAGUUUGAACAAAGAUUCCAAGGGUUUAACUUAGACCACAUUAUCUUUUACUCCAGGACAGUUACUGAAACAAGGACAUGUUACAUGCUGUAAACAAUUGAUGUGUCAUCAAGUGUGCUAUGGGUCAAGGAACUAGUUUGAUGAUGCUGUGCAAGUGAACUAGUUCAUUGAUGAGAUUCAAGGCCAUUCAAAGCAAGAGAAAAAAACAAUGAGUCAUUUAUUCAUUUUCUCCGCAAAAUGAUUGUAUUUUUACUGAUUUCAUGACACUACGCCUUUGGGAUUAAAGUGCUCAUUAAGUGCUAUCACAAGCAAUCAGUGUUUCAUUAUUUUCACUCAUCUGAACUUGAAAAUAUUUUCAUCAUUAUCUCUGAUCAUUGUUAUUAUGAAAGUAAAUCAUGAAAGUAUGUC